UCAUUAUAAAACAUAUGAUAAUGAUGAUCUUCGAAUGGCAAAUAAGCCCAAAGAUGUUUCAGAAUUUGAUUUUAAGGACCUUCUCAAAUAUUGGGACUCUGAAAAAUUCAAGGAAAUGAGUGAAAGAAAUACCAAAAAUCGAAAAAAAUGGAUGAAUCCACAUACUGCUGGUAAAACAAGUUUUGCUGUGAUACGCAAUAAUUUGGAAAAAGAGAAGGAAAGCCCCGAUGAGCUGUCAGCUAAAGAACUCUUUGUGGCUACAAGAUCAAGAAAACCCGGUCGAGUAUACAAAGACUCCAACGAAGAUACAAUUA